AUGUACAGUAACGCCCCUGUACUCGGGCGACAGGACGCGCCCCGCUCAACUGCUGCUUCUGUUUUCCUUCCCCGCAGAAAGGGCUUGUCCCAGUCCGCCUUGCCCUACCGGCGCAGCGUGCCCACGUGGUUGAAGCUUACUUCUGAUGAUGUAAAGGAACAGAUCUACAAGCUGGCUAAAAAAGGCCUGACUCCCUCCCAAAUCGGUGUGAUCCUGAGGGAUUCCCAUGGUGUUGCCCAGGUUCGCUUCGUUACUGGCAACAAAAUUUUGAGAAUCCUUAAGUCGAAGGGACUGGCCCCAGAUCUUCCAGAGGACCUUUAUCACCUGAUCAAGAAAGCAGUGGCUGUUCGCAAACAUCUUGAGAGAAACAGAAAGGAUAAAGAUGCCAAGUUCCGCCUGAUUCUGAUUGAAAGCAGAAUUCACAGGUUGGCUCGCUACUACAAAACCAAGAGGGUACUUCCACCCAACUGGAAGUAUGAAUCAUCAACAGCUUCUGCCUUGGUCGCAUAAGAGCUGACUAUCACUCAGUGAAAGAAUAAACUUGCUUAACUAAG